AUGAUCACGGUCGUCCUUCCGCUUGUGGCCUGUCAAAGAAUCGUCCGUUCGCCCGGGAUAGCUCUUCGUUACCGAUUCCUCCUGCCGAGCCAAACGCCCAGGCUUGGAGUUGAAAUAUUCGGCCUUGGCGUGGACUGCCGCCUGCUUCAUCAGUUCAUCAUACGUGCGCCAGUUGCUACUGUGCACGAGAUACCGAAAGUGAGAGGACCGAAGGCCACUCUUGAAGGCGUCGUAGGCUGCCCUAUCGUCCGUUUCUGGACACCUCGAGUACUCAUGACUGAAGCGCGCAGCGUAUUCCUAUAG